AUGAAUGGAUUGUCUUUGUGUCUGCAUACUGAGGCCUGCUGUAACAUAGACUGGACCUGUGUUUCUCCAGAGUGCGUUUACAUUGGCCCCCUGUAUCUUGAGCCGCUGCUGAAAUGUGACAUUACGAAAGCUUCUGGGCUUGGAGGGUCUGUGCUACACAGUCCUCUGCUAACAAUCAUCUUCAAGAACUUUCAAGAAUGUGUAGACCAGAAGAUGUACCAUGCGGAGACUGACGAGCUUCCUGCUGCAUUUGCUGAUGGUUCAAAGAAUGGAGGCGACCGCCAUGGGGCCAACACCUUACGCAUAGUAGAGAAGGUGCCUGGACAACACAUGGAGAUCCAGGCACGCUAUAUUGGCACCACUAUUGUAGUUCGGCAGGUUGGCCACUACCUCACCUUUGCGGUGCGGAUGCCAGAGGAGGUUGUGAAUUCGGUGGAGGACCAGGACAACCAGGAUCUUUACCUCUGCCUGCAUGGGUGCCCUGCAAACCAGCGAAUAGACUUCAGGACCUUCAGAGCACGGGCGGCAGAGAGCCAAGUCUUAGGCAGGGGACAGCCAGGUGCUCCUAUUAAUGGCUUCACAUACCAGUCAGCCAUGGCCAAGUGCAAAGAACGUCUACCAGUUGAGGAUUUGUAUUUCCAAUCCUGUGUUUUUGACCUGCUAUCUUCUGGGGACAUCAACUUCACCCUGGCGGCCUACUACGCCUUUGAGGAUGUUAAAAUGCUCCACUCCAACAAAAACAAGUAUCACCUCUUUGAAAAGGAUACAAUAUUCAGCUCUGCCUCAGAAAAAAGGGGUUUUAGUGUCCUAAUCCUCAUCAGCCUUGUUAUCGUACUGUUGUGGACUGACUCGUUUUCCAUUCGUCUGUAGUCCCCAUUGGACAUCCUUGUUAGAUGGUUGUAAGAUGCUGUAUGCAUGUGAAAUGCUGCUCUCACCGUGUUGUGUUCCAUCUACCAGAGGCUGGGCUUCUCAGCUAGAGCCUGAGCUUCUGCUGAGGGCUUUCACACUUGUGUGUCUUGUGUCACACCAUGGACUCAUCUCUCAUCAUCAUCACAUAUGUUCAUUCAUCAGGCCAGAGCAGAAGCGUUCCUGGAGAUCCACCCAUCUCUGUGGUCAUCCUGCUGAUCUCAUAAGUGCUUCAUGACAGAGAACGCAGCGCUGAGAGGUCCUGAGACCUGAGUCAGAUUAAACCACCCUUGUUCCCACCAGGGUGAUGUGCCACUGACAGGAGUGAGAGGGGGGUGAUCCUUUGCAGAAAGAAAAGCUUGGAGAUGUUCUUCAGUUCACUUGAUGCCAAGUGAGAGGUGAAGUAUGUCUCCCAGAGCCAGGCUGGAGGACAUGACAGGAGCUUUUAUUAAUGGAGGGCCGGCAGGAGUUCUCUCUUUGAAGAAGCUCCAGCUUCGGAAAAAUGUUAGCUUUCUAGAGAAAACCUGCUGGCCGAGGCCAUGUCAGACUAGUAAGUCAUAUUGUCUACAGAGGAGAUUAACAGGCCAUAACAUCAGGCCUUUUGUAUAGUUUGUCUAUGUGUGUGUGCAAAAGAAAGAUGUGUUAUUUUGUGUGUGUGUGUGUGUGAAGUGUUUCAUAAUAUCUGUAUAUUGCACCCAGGGUCCUAAUGUAGCUCUGGUGUGGUGGUUCAUGGGUCAGUAAGAAGUUUUACUGCCUGCCAAGAGCUCUUUCCUGCAUUUCAUAUAAAAAGGGUGUCAACCAUUGUGUCGAACAGACUUUAAACUACACCCAUACUGCUUAGGUGUUAUAAUUUCGGAAAAUAUUUAUUGAAUUCCCUCCAUUGUCAAAUUGGGUGUUCAAAAUCAGCCUGAACAAUUAUAGAGAAUAAGUUUCUUUACUUUGUUCACAAAGUAAUAGUCAUUGAGUAAAAAAUCCACAUCAUACAUUGGUAUAGCCCAAGACAGAGUUGUCUCUGAGCACACUUGCUUCAGAUAAACACGUUCGUGGAAAAAUAUUCAUGUCAGUUUGCAGUAGGUAGCAUAACCAUCAACGUAUAUAUCAAGGAGAGAGCCAAGUUCCUCCAUACAAUGUUUGCAGUUUAAGAUGGGACCCACAAGGCAGGUCCAUCAAUCAUCCUUACUGCUUCUUAAAGAGCAACGCCUUGCUCUCCAUUUCAAAAGGGUGUCGACGUGGCUGUGCUGUAGGCCCCGUUUAACUCUCGACUCUGUAGAUCUGUGAAUUUAUGGCAGAGGCAUUUUGCCAAAGAACAAGCCAUGGUGCCAACAAUUUCCCAAACAGCUGAAUUUUCUCUCUCUCUCUUUCUCAUGGGACCUUUUGUGGUUCACUUAAGUAUUUGGGCUCAAACCAGAUGUCCUGAUUGUGUAUAAUAUUGGAAGGUGCUGCUAACUACAGUGUGGUGGAUGGACCAGUGCUGGAGCUAUUGAGAACAUCUGCCAUGCAUUUCUUGUGACAUUUGAAAUGGGGGCAUUUGCUCUUCAGCCAUUAGCAGGCUCAGGAUUACUGGCACUCAGUAUUGUAAAUAGCAGUAGUAAUAUUGGCGAGCUAAAGUCAAACGAUACAUAGCACCACUAUUUUGAAGAGUGAAAUUGCACCCUUGGUAGCCUAAAGCCUGUGUUAUACUUUCCGCGUGCGCGAGUCUGCUACGGUCCGCUAUGGUGUCCGUGACGUAAAAAUCGUCAUCGGCAAGUGUGCGCAGACAUCCGCGUGCCUCCCAUUUUUUGUGACUGCGCAGACAAGUACGCGCGGUCAGUAGGCUGCAAAAGCACCAACUGCACAUGCGCAGGCUGUGUGAAGAAGCCUGUUGCUACUCAAACCUGUACAAUCCGUCAAUAAAACAAUAUAAAGACAGCCAGAUGUGCAAUAAUUCUGGGCAAUUGUUUGUUCACAUGUUUGUUGCGGAGCGGAUCAUCAGCGUAUGCCUUCGGUAGUAUAAGUACAAGUAGUCCGCGUCCGUGCUGUCUGUGUACACGUCCGGAUUGCUCAUGCGGAAAGUAUAACACAGGCUUAAUAGUUCUAUAGGCCAUGUCUAGAGACUGUUGGAAAGGUCUUUAUGGAAGAUGAAGCCCACAUAACUUCAUGUUCAUCAUGUCCCAUUUCUUCUAAGAACAUCUAUCACAACUGUCUUUUAUCAGUGUUUGUUUUCUCUUAGUAAAAAGUUUGAGCUAUGAAAAUAUGGUUUAGAUAUUAAUGAUACAUAAAGAAUCCUCUGAGAGACUUCACAGUAAUUUAUUCUUACACUGUAAAGUUUUGCGAGCCUUACUACUGCUAAGAAAGCUUGUGUUGUCGGUGCAGUUCAUGGCUUUAAAGAGACUUUUGAAAGCAUACAAAAUGAUUGUAAUGACUUUUGUGUUUAAGUGUGCUUGUGUUGUCAGUGCUUUUUGGAUUUAUAUGUGUAAUGUGACAUGUAUAUAAGUUUGUGUGAUUUGGCAAAUAAUAUUUUGUGCUGAUUUUUUGGUACAUCAGAGGGUGUGGUCAAAUUUACCUUUAAGUAAAGGGAUAUUAUGUACACAAGCACCACAAAAACAUAAGAUAAGGGACUUCUAUCAACAAUCUAAUUUGGAACCAGAGUAAAACAGACAUCAUGUCCUUUAACUAAAUACUAAGUAGGAAACGUGUGACUUGCGGUGUUAAUGUGUUGUUUAUUACAAAAGCACUUUAUGUUUUUAUUCUCUUUAACCUAGCUCUUACUUGGUUUUAACUUGAUGGUGAAAGAGGUUAUCAAACUUGUAAUGCUAAAAAAAUAAAAGUGAAUGAUAACAUUUUCAAAUGUAUUAACAUUGAAUGGGAGAUACCAGACAGCUUAGUCUGUUUUUGUAUGUAGGACUAAAGCGGUGCCACACACCACCUGUAAAUACUGUAAAUUAUUUAUUGAAGAAA